AUGACUAGCAGGAAAAAAAUCACCAAAACCUCUACUCAUAACCGUGGGUUAUCAUAUAAUUUGUCAAAUUACCAGAAUACUCUUAAUAAUAAUUCAUCAACUCAUAGCACUGGCAAUGAUAAUUCUAAUAAUUUAUCAUCAAAUACUAAUAAAAGAAAACCAUCUACAAUUGAUCUUGAAGUAGAUGAUACUGGUUAUGAUUAUUAUUGUGAUGAAGAUAGUACUGAUAAAAAUAAUCGUGAAGAUUUUGCAAGAUUAGAAGGUUUAAUUUUAGAAAUUGGCAACAAGGUUGAUUUAUUAUCAAGUAAACUUGAUACAUUUUCAGAGAAAUUUAAACUAGCUGAUUACACAAAUAAUAAUAAUUCUAGUGUGAUGAUUAGUGAGGAUAUGAAAAAAUUACUAAAAGAUUCAAUUCGGAGAAAUUUGUUUGUUUAUGAAAAAUAUCCAGGUGAUUUUAAAGUUGAAAAAUACUGUAAAGAAUUGUUUAAUAAAACAUUUCCAGAAAAUCAAAAUUAUAAAGAAAAGCAAUUAUGGGAUAACGUAUGGUGUAAACUGAGACCUUCUUGGAAAAAUGCAGAAAUUACAACAACUGUCUUGGAAUUAUUAGAAAAAAAGGAGCCAGAAGAUGAUAGGUCCUUCCUGGAAAACAUUACUCGUGAAGCUUUUCAAAAAGAUAAAGGUUUAACUAAGGGGUCCAACAGAGCAUUCACAUGGGCAGUAAUCAAUGUUUUUUUGGGAUUACAAAAUCAUACAUUAUCUUUAGAUGAAAAAGCCAUUAAACCUUUGAUGGAUAGUUACAAUAGUGAAAAUAAUACUUCAUAA